AUGUCACCUCCUAGAGGAUUUGAAAUACGAACUGACUAUUCAUUUAUUGUUCGGGCGUGCAUUUUGUACAAUAAUGCAAUGCAGAUUGGUUCUACAAGAAAAGAAAAACAGCUGGACAUAAAUCCUAUUUUGAUAGGUGUGCACUGUUGAAGGUAGAUUAUACAGAAUGUAGGAUAUAAAGAGAAAUUUAGUUCUAUAGUGUAUGCAUACUACUCACUACUCAUUACCGCGUUGGCCAUUGAAGGUUGCUUAAACAUUGAUCCUACAGUUGAUUCCAUUAAAAGGAUCUGAUGGUAAGGAAUUUAAAUUGAACAAUCCCUUUGGCGCUGAACUACCCGCUAAAGGAUUUGACCCUGGUCAAGGUACUUACCAAGCUCCACCUACGGACGGAUCAUCUGUGAAUGUCGCGGUGAAUCCAAGGUCCAAACGUCCUCAGUUGUUGGAAACUUUCAAAGUUUGGGAUGAAAAGAUUUAGAAAAUCUAGCAAUCCUUAUUAAAAUUAAAGUAAAAUGUACUACUGAUCAUAUUUCUGCUGCUGGACCAUGGUUGAAAUAUAGAGGUCAUUUAGACACUUUAUCUAAUAAUAUGUUUUUGACCGCAACUAACUCCGACAACAAUGAAAUUAAUAAGGUAAAGAAUCAAGUAACCGGUGAGUGGGGCGCAGUACCAGGUACAACCAGGGUUUAUAAAGCAAAAGGUGUAUCGUGGGUAGUAUUUGGUGAUGAUAAUUACGGCGAGAGAAGUAGCAGGGAACAUGCUGCUUUAGAAUCACGUCAUUUGGUAGGAGUUGCAAUUAUUAUCAAGUCUUUUGUACGUAUCCAUGAAACAAAUUUGAAGAAACAAAAAGUAUUAGUUCUUACGUUUGCAAAAGCUCAGGAUUAUGAUAACGUUCAACCAACCGACACCGCGUUUGAGUUCUUGGUUCAACACAUCGAUUAA